AUGGCAGAGAAGCGGAAAGCAGAUUCCUCCCAGGGCCUGAUGGGCAUGAUCAAGCAGCAGCUGAGCGACAUGCCCUCUCAGAACAAGAAGCCGCGCCAGGCCGAGAAGAACAUGGGCGCUGACCCUGUCCAAACCCUCUUCAACAGGCUCAAGGACAUCAGAGACGACUUCUACAAGAGGGGGGACAUGGGCGCUUGCAACGUCGAGAUAGAAGCCAAGCUGGGGCUCAUCGUCUCCUCUGAGACCGGAGGGAGGACGGGAGCCUUCACCCCCGGGGCAGGAGCGAUUGAGAUGCUUCCUGGAGUGAUGAAGGGGAAGAAGUUCGUGUCCGGAGUGUCGAGGAAAGACUUCGAGAGCUUCAAGAGGCUGCAGGAGGUACCUAGCCUUGCUGAGAAGGUCGCCAAGAAGACGCACGCGUACACCUACAACGACGACCAGCGGAUCCAGACGGACGAGGAGGGGAACGUGAUACUUGAGAUGAAGACCCGAGAGCUGGAGUUCCAGAUUCACCUUCCCUCCUGUCCAUAUGAUUGCAGGAUCACAGUCUCCAUCGAGAAGCCUCUGGAGCAGAGCGAGAAGGUAGUGGUGAAGGAGGGAUGGCACUCCCACAGAGUCAAGGACCGAGCUUCCUUCGUCGAUCUCAAGGCUCGGCACGGACACCCGAAGGUUUCUCAAUGGCAGGCAGACUUCACUCGAGUCGCGACCUCAGUCCAGCGAGACCCGACGGUGGAGGAGACGUUUGAGGUGGAGCUGGAGCUGAAGGCGGAAGAAUGCAAGUCAUGGAUACAGGCGAACGAAGCUGAGGAUGCAAAGCAGAAGACUGGCGACAUCGCAAGGGACCUGUGGAAUCGUAUCAGCCAGAUGAUGCCGAGGGAACAGACUGCUGGCAAACUUGUAGAGGUCAAGGACUACGCGGUGGAGGAGGCAGCGCAGCGCGUUUGCGUUGCCUGCUUUGACUCGGCGGAGGCCAACAACUCGGUCAAGUUUGAGUUUCCCGGGACUAUGCCCAUCGGCUUCAGCCGCAAGUCGAUUGAGAAGGUGCAGAAAGAGAGCUACAUGGUGUCCGAGAAGACGGAUGGGAUCCGCUACCUCCUUGCCUGCGUCGCUUCUCCCGAGGCUGGGAAGCCGCCCGUCGCUGUACUUCUCGACAGGAAGUUCAAGGCCUGGACGAUGGAGGGGAUGGAGGAGAUCGGGGCUGCUCUGGGCGUUGGGACUGUUCUUGAUGGAGAGCAAGGGGCCGACCGCGUCGAUUUCACCGACCACAUUCACCUCGGCAAGAAACUCGCGUGCGCUUGCGCUGCGUCGCUGAUGGGGAGCUGUUGGGCAGGGAAGGAAGAGAAGUACAGACUGCUGGGCGACCUCGGGCAUCAGAGCAGCCUGAUCACCGAGUGGGAGUACUGCGCCGACCAGGGCGCCUGGAUCUACAAGAUGCCCAGACCUGACAAGAAGAAGCCCAACUUCUCGAGGACAGUCCUAGCGACCAUCAUGGAGAUCGCGGAGGGGAUGGACAUCGAGGAGCUGGAGUACCGCCUCACCUUUAGGAACCCAGAGGAGGAUGACUGGACGUACCAGAUCGACAAGAAGCGGAAAGAAAUCCUCGCCACCCGCCUGCAGAGCAACGGCAGCCAUCACUAG